CCCUGGUCGGUGACCGGCCGUCGCAGUGAGCAGCCCGCUUUCCUCCCGAGACGGAGCUGUGACUUCAGAAUGUCUGGCCGAGGCAAAGGCGGCAAGGGGCUGGGUAAGGGAGGCGCCAAGCGCCACCGGAAGGUGCUGAGGGACAACAUCCAAGGCAUUACGAAGCCCGCGAUUCGCCGCCUCGCCCGACGUGGGGGCGUCAAGCGCAUCUCUGGUCUCAUCUACGAAGAGACCCGCGGCGUCCUCAAAGUCUUCCUGGAGAAUGUGAUCCGCGACGCAGUGACCUACACGGAGCACGCCAAGCGCAAGACGGUCACGGCCAUGGAUGUGGUGUACGCGCUGAAACGCCAGGGCCGCACCCUUUACGGCUUCGGCGGCUGAGCUGACCCCACCGCUCCUCUCUAGAUUCCAAAGGCCCUUUUCAGGGCCCCCAAACUGUCACAGAAAGAGCUGUGAACACUUCCAGAUACUGGGUAAAUACCAGCCCUUUAGAUGCCGCGUUCCGGAUACCGGGCGUGGGAUAUGGCCGGCCGGAGCGGCUGCUGGGGAUCAGCCUUGGCGGGCGAGCGGAGGGCUAGACCUCAGGGAGGGGACUCGGCGCGCGCUUAGGAACGACCCUGGGAGGUGCCGCGCAACGCGGGAGUGACCUCCCACUGCAGUGCACCUGAAAUACAGACUGCGGACUCUGUUCAGAAGCGUUUCUACAAAGCCUAAGUGUUAAAACUGGCCUCGGGCUUCUAAGCGGCCGUAUCGUUGGGCCAUUAGCACGUAUGGAAUGGCUUCCCUGUGCACCGGGGCUUAGGUGACUUCCCGCCGGCCUUUGGCAUGAGCGUGACGCGUCAGAGGGCGGAUCUUGUGGGUGCAGGGCCUGCUGGACCGCAGGAAAUGGGAGGUCACAGCACCCCGUAGGAGCAUGCCUCUACCGCCAACCCCGAAAAGCGUUCAGUGCAGCACUAGUGCGGCGCGUUGUGGUCUUACUAGCUACUAUUUAACUUCAUCGCUGAAGUUCUGAGAGUUGACCAAGCUCAGAUGCUGAGAGCUAGGUGGUCGGGCAAAGCUCGCGGCGUCCUGCUGUUCCCGUAGCCAACUGCGUCAAGUUGCCCACGCCGAGCGGGUGGGAUCCUGCUCCGCUACCUGGAGGCGGGCGUGCAGUCGGCAGGCAGUGGGGGUCACGCCGGCGAGAAAAGCCAGGUCUCUACCUGCAGGUCGCCAAGUUGUCGGGAGUCCUCCGCUUCUUGCAGUGUUGUGCCCAUCACAAGUGACCCUGUAGCAGCCGGGAGAUAAGCCCUGGCUUCCGACUAAAGGCCCUGUUCAGAACAGCCUGGGGGUAUGUAUAUAUAUUUUUAGUAGA